GCCGGGCGGCAGGAUGGGCUGCAUCCAGAGCAUCACCUGCAAGGCGCGGAUCCGGCGCGAGAACAUCGUGGUGUACGAUGUGUGCGCCACCAUCGACCAGUGCCCCACGCGCAUCGAGGAGACCUCGCCCAUCGUCCUGCGCUACAAGACCCCCUACUUCAAAGCCUCGGCCCGCGUGGUCAUGCCCCCCAUUCCCCGCCACGAGACCUGGGUGGUGGGCUGGAUCCAGGCGUGCAACCAGAUGGAGUUCUUCAACACCUACAGCGACCUGGGAAUGUCAAGCUGGGAACUGCCGGACUUGAGGGAAGGGAGAGUAAAAGCCAUCAGCGACUCGGACGGGGUGAGCUACCCUUGGUACGGGAACACCACAGAGACCGUGACCCUGGUCGGCCCCACCAACAAGAUCUCCAGGUUCUCCGUCAGCAUGAAUGACAACUUCUACCCGAGUGUGACCUGGGCAGUGCCCGUGAGUGACAGCAAUGUGCCACUGCUCACCAGGAUCAAGAGGGACCAAAGUUUCACCACCUGGCUGGUGGCCAUGAACACUACCACGAAGGAGAAGAUCAUCCUGCAGACCAUUAAGUGGAGGAUGAGGGUGGACAUUGAGGUGGACCCUCUUCAGCUCCUGGGGCAGCGGGCCCGGCUGGUGGGCAGGACUCAGCAGGAGCAGCCCCGGAUCCUGAGCCGGAUGGAGCCCAUCCCCCCCAACGCACUCGUGAAACCCAAUGCCAACGAUGCCCAGGUCCUCAUGUGGAGGCCCAAGCGGGGGCCGCCUCUGGUUGUGAUCCCCCCUAAGUAGAAGCCACCCGGCUGGACUGUGUGUGGAGCGCACGCCGGGGAGAUGCGCGGCAAGGUGGCCCGGGGCGACGGGAGCCAGACUGAGUUUUUCUGAGCCAAAGCAGACCUCUUGGUUUGCCAGCCUUUGCGGCUGCUCGCAAGGAGCAGGGCUGCCCCUUGGGUGGUGGAACCAUGAUCCUUAAGAAAAGCCCCUCCCUCUUAGGAAUAAAGAAAUCCCUGAUUUGGCGGACUUGCGGGGCUCACCCUGCAAGUCGCCGUAUUUUGGAGCUGA